GAAAGCAGCUCGACUCCCGGUUUACGCGAGGAAAAAACCCGUCAUAGGAAGCAGGUUAGACAUGGCAACAGCAGGACAUGGGUCUCAUACUGGAGUAGAGCAGAACCGCUAUGAUGGGUCUCUCGCCGAGGUUUUUCAGAUUGCCUGUGACAGCAAAUCAAGCGAUGCUGAACACCAGACGGCAGCACAGAAAGUCAACUUAAAAAACGCUGGUGAGAAACCCUUCAUGUGUGGCGAAUGUGGGUACAGGACAGCUCAUAGGUCUAACUUAUCCCGACACAUGAGAACCCAUACAGGAGAAAAAUCCUACAAGUGUGACCAGUGCGAGUAUUCCACAAUACGGAAAUCCCAACUUGGCUGCCACAUAGCAACAAAACACGGUGGUGAUAAACCCUACAUGUGUGGGGAGUGUGGGUACCGAACAGUUGAAAAGUCUAAGUUAUCCGUACAUAUGAGAACCCAUACUGGAGAAAAACCCUACAAGUGUGACCAGUGCAACUAUUCUGCAGCAAAGAAAUACACUUUAGUUACUCAUCAAGCAACACAUACCGGGGACAAACCCUACAUGUGUGGGGAGUGUGGGUACAGAGCAGCUCAAAGGUCUAGCUUAUCCCAACAUAUGAGAACCCAUACAGGAGAAAAACCCUACAAGUGUGGGGAGUGUGGAUUCAGGGCAGCUCUAAAGUCUGAUUUAGCCCGGCAUAUGAGAACCCAUACAGGAGAAAAACCCUACAAGUGUGACCAGUGCGACUAUUCUGCUACACAGAAAUAUUCUGUGGACAUCCAUAAAGCAGCAAUACACAGUGGCGAGAAACCCUACAUGUGUGGGGAGUGUGGGUACAGGGCAACACAAAGGUCUACUUUAUCCAAACACAUAAGAACGCACACAGGAGAAAAACCUUACAGGUGUGAUCAGUGCGAAUAUUCUACAGCACAGAAAGUCAAUUUGGACAGGCAUAUAGCAGCAAAACACACCCGCGAAAAACCCUUCAUGUGUGGGGAGUGUUAUUUUAGGACAGCUCGGAAGUCAACCUUGUCCAAACACAAGAGAGCCCAUAUGAAUGGGAAUGACCAAACAGUCAGAUUUGACAGUUACUAAAUAGUGAAUUGUCUGUUGAUAAGAUUUUUACAGUACAAAACACAUGGGAGAAAUCUAGUGUGAUCAGUGUCACAAUUCGACCAUGUGACCGAGUUUUGAUCAGAGACACCCUCAAAAACUGAUGACGAAUUGGCUUUGCGAAGAGCCUGGAUACAGGAAAAGUGACCGAUCAAA